GGCUUGCUGACCCGAUCUGGCGUGCGCAACGUUGCCACUCCCUCUUUUGCCUUGCCUUUGAAACAUGAAGUUCUUUGCCGUGCUCUUGGCGGCUGUGGCCAUCGUCUUUGCCCAGGAGACGACGACCGAUGCGCCGACGACCAAGCCGGCCGCGAGCAAGACGCCUGCGCCCACCAAGUGCGCUCGCCAGUACACGAGCCCGUGCACGACCGCGGCUGACUGCGGUGACCUGAACGGCUUCAACCUGACGUGCAUCACGUCGGGCGACAACAAGAUGUGCUCGUUCAACGGCGGUGUCGCAGUCAUCAACGUGCGCCAGAACUCGUCGGCCGACGGCUUGGUGCACCAGUACGGCGACUGCACGAUCAACCAGUGCAACAGCGGCCACGGCUUUACGGAAGACAAGACCAACAUCAUUACAUGCCAGGAGACGCUCGCUUGCGUCAAGGAAAUCAACGACAAGCCCGGCGUCGUGCUCCGCUCGCAGUGCCACACGUGCGGCAGUUGCAAGGCGCAGUCGGUCAAGGAAACCCGUUUCGACUGCACCAAGGUCUGCCCCAAGACGCCGGCGCCGACGACCAAGUCGCUUGCCCCGGGUGCGACGGCCGCGCCUGGCUCGGGCAGUGGCUCGACGGCGACUACCACGCGUGCGCCCAAGACUGCUGCCCCCGUGGCGACGACGGCUCCCUCGAGCGCGUCCUCUCUGUUCGCCAGCGGCGUUGUCGUCGCGGCGAUUGCUUUUGCCCAACUCUGCUAAGAGUACAUUUACAUACACCUAUGUAACCCUAACUUCGACUAUACGCUCCUUUGGGCUUCAACGAGUA